AUGGCGUUCGUUUGUGUGAACGCUGUGCUCAUGAGUGGUAGAGGCACUUGGAUCACAGCAAGGUGCGAUUGGACAGUUGGGGAACUUAAGCGACAAGCGCAAAAUUCCUUGCAAACUGGACGUGGCAUCUUGGUUAACACUUCCGGCGAGUUCCUGCGCGACGAAGAAAACCUUCUCGAUGCUGGCGUCAAGAUGGGUGACGUCGUCUCGCUGCAUUUGAGGGAAGUGCAUAUCGCUGCUACAACCAAUGCAUUUUGUGCUGUUCUCGGCGACGGACGUGUCGUGUCAUGGGGUGAUUCGAAGUAUGGCGGUGACUGUAGCUCGGUCAGCAAGCUGCUGAAAGAUGUGAAGCACAUUGCCGCUUCGUUUGCUGCCUUCGCUGCUGUCCUUCGCAACGGAUCUGUGGUUGCUUGGGGGAACUCGGGAUUCGGGGGCAAUAUUGGCCCCGUGGCGCACCAGCUGGGCAAUGUGGAGCGAAUCAUCGCUUCAUGCGGCGCCUUUGCUGCCAUCUGUGCAGAUGGAUCCGUCGUGACUUGGGGGCACGGCAGCCAUGGCGGCGACAGCCGAGCGGUCCAACACCAGCUCCGGAAUGUUCGAGAGAUCCAGGCCGCACACAUGUCGUUUGCUGCAAUUAUCGACGAUGGCUCCGUGGUUACCUGGGGCAAUCCUCUCCAUGGUGGGGACAGCAGCGCUGUCGAGGACUCGCUCAGAAAUGUUCAUACAAUUCAGGCGACGAAUGGUGCUUUCGCUGCCAUCCGCAGUGACGGAACUGUCGUGACCUGGGGCCAAUCCAAACAAGGUGGCGACAGCCGCGCUGUGCAGCACAGCCUUCAGAACGUGCAAAAGAUACAAGCCUCGCCCGGGGCCUUUGCCGCCCUUCUUGGCAAUGGGUCUGUGGUGACUUGGGGGCAUUCUGACCACGGUGGUGACAGCAGCAGUGUCCAAGAUCAGCUGGUGCACGUGCAGCAACUGGAGGCGUCCUUUGGAGCAUUUGCUGCAGUCCUGGGUGAUGGGUCUGUCGUGACCUGGGGGAACCCCCAUUAUGGCAGCAACAGCAACUGGGUACAA